GAUUCCCAUUUCGUUAUUACACUCAACACAUUUAAGAUUCCAAGUUCCAACCAUUUAUUAUUUCCUCCAAUUACUUCCAUGAGGUUCUUCGUUUCUUGCUUCGGAGCCACCGCCCCUACCGAGCCUCUCGCUCCGCAGCCUUCUCCCACUCUCCGCCGCCGCAACAAGCGCCAUUGGAGACCCUCCCUCGGCUCCAUUUCCGAGGACAACGCGCCGCCCCACAGAGACAGGCCCUCCUCCUCCGACGUCAAGAGGAGCAAUAGCACCUCCAACGCCGCCACCGCAACUUCUAAGCUUCACCACCGUCACCACAGCGACGAUUACGAUUACGGGCGAGCUGCUGCGCCCGCGAUUAUGCCAGCAUUUUCUCCGACGCCAUUCAUGUUCUGAAAUUACAGUUG